GUAAAUGUCACUCGUGAAGACUCACCAAAUGAAGACCCAGUCUUUCUUAGAACUUUAGGAAAAGGAGACUGGUUUGGAGAGAAAGCCUUGCAAGGGGAAGAUGUGAGAACAGCAAACGUAAUUGCUGCAGAAGCUGUAACCUGCCUUGUGAUUGACAGAGACUCUUUCAAGCAUUUGAUUGGAGGACUGGAUGAUGUUUCUAAUAAAGCAUAUGAGGAUGCGGAAGCUAAAGCAAAAUAUGAAGCUGAAGCUGCUUUCUUCGCCAACCUGAAGCUGUCUGAUUUCAACAUAAUUGACACCCUUGGAGUUGGAGGUUUCGGACGAGUAGAACUGGUCCAGUUGAAAAGUGAAGAAUCCAAAACGUUUGCAAUGAAGAUUCUUAAGAAACGCCACAUCGUGGAUACAAGACAGCAAGAGCACAUCCGCUCAGAGAAGCAGAUCAUGCAGGGGGCUCAUUCCGACUUCAUAGUGAGAUUAUACAGAACAUUUAAGGACAGCAAAUAUUUGUAUAUGUUGAUGGAAGCUUGCCUAGGUGGAGAGCUCUGGACCAUUCUCAGGGAUAGAGGUUCGUUUGAAGAUUCAACAACCAGAUUUUACACAGCAUGUGUGGUAGAAGCUUUUGCCUAUCUGCAUUCCAAAGGAAUCAUUUACAGGGACCUCAAGCCAGAAAAUCUCAUCCUAGAUCACCGAGGUUAUGCCAAACUGGUUGAUUUUGGUUUUGCAAAGAAAAUAGGAUUUGGAAAGAAAACAUGGACUUUUUGUGGGACUCCAGAGUAUGUAGCCCCAGAGAUCAUCCUGAACAAAGGCCAUGACAUUUCAGCCGAUUAUUGGUCACUAGGAAUCCUAAUGUAUGAACUUCUGACUGGCAGCCCACCUUUCUCAGGCCCAGAUCCUAUGAAAACCUAUAACAUCAUAUUAAGGGGGAUUGACAUGAUAGAAUUUCCAAAGAAGAUUGCCAAAAAUGCUGCUAACUUAAUUAAAAAACUAUGCAGGGACAAUCCGUCAGAAAGAUUAGGGAAUUUGAAAAAUGGAGUGAAAGACAUUCAAAAGCACAAAUGGUUUGAAGGAUUUAAUUGGGAAGGCUUAAGAAAAGGCACUCUGACACCUCCUAUAAUACCAAGCGUUGCUUCACCCACAGACACAAGCAAUUUCGACAGUUUCCCUGAGGACAAUGAUGAGCCACCACCUGAUGACAACUCAGGAUGGGACAUAGACUUCUAAUGUAUUUCUCUUACCUGCUUCUGCCUUGCUGAAGACAGCUUUUUCUGAGACACAGCUGCCAGCAAACCUGAGGGAAAGAGAGAAGAUUAGUGCUCGGGGUCACCAUGAUGCCUUUGAUCGAUGCUGCUCCAGUAACUACAGUGGCAUUAGGACUUAUUGCUUAGAUGACAAUAGUGCUCUUUACAUGUUUUCUGUUUGAACCUAAAAUAGCAGUUGACAUGGUGGUCCUGAAGCAAAGCCUUUCACCAGUAAAGAGAUGUUUUCUAUUGUUGCAAUGACCUUGCUUUGCUCUGACUCUAAUUUGAAAGACUGUAGGAAACACUUCAGUCUAGUAAAAGAGUCUGUACCUUGCUUCAAGAAGAUGAAAGAAUAAUAUAUUGGGUACGAUAGAUUAUGAAGGUACAGAAACUGGGCUAUUCCCUUUCUUCAAGUGAAAGUUUUGGGGUCUAUUACUGCAGGCCGGUGUAUAUACCGUAUAAAAGAGGACCACACAUUUGUUGGUCAUAGAGUUCAUGUCAAACCAGUGCUAGAAGUUUCAUGAUUUUAUUUCCCAGCAGUGCUGAUGACAAGACUGAAUGUUACCUUUUCUUUCUGAUGGAUUUAAAAAAUUGAUAUGAUCAAAGCACAACUGCUAUAGAUUCUGCUGAGACCUCUCAUAGCAGGUAUAUAUGCGUUUUCACAAAGGAUUGAAAAAUACUGCAUGAUAUUUGUUUGUUUCUUUUUGAUAAAUUGGCAUGACAGAGUGGAAAAAAAGCAAUUCACAAAAUCAUUUCAUAUUUUUAAAAAAAUAUUGUGCUUAAAGAUGGUCCUGGAAGUUAAUGACUAGCAGCCAAUUGGUUUUAUUUAUUACUGAUCAUGCCCUCAAACUGAGGCUUAAAUUAUUCCCUUUUAUAAAAACAAACCCUUGGGAUGGGGUGGGGUGGGGAGGGAUUAAAACCCAUCCAAAAAAUAAAUAAGAACUAUAUAGGUGCUAUGUAUAUCUUUCAUCUGUAAAUGUCAGUGUCUGAACAGACAACAUAAAUUCUAAUCAUUAUAUGUGUAGCCAGAGAUGCAAACAUUUUUACUAAAUUUAUUAAACCAAACUCCUGCCCGGUUUUACUUCUACAACAUAGUCUGGGAUUGAGAGACAAAGGUGAUUAAAAAUCGAUUUGAACUAGCUUCUUGUCUUAGGCCUGAGCCAAAUAAUAGUAGUAAUAAUAACAAAAAGAAAAAAAGAAAGUACAAAGUCAAAGUUAUUAAGAUUUACAUAGCUACCUGACCAGAAACCUUAUUUAUUUGAUGUCAGGUAACAAGACAAGAAUCUGGCCAGGUGUUACCUUUUCAUGAAUGAGCUGAUGUGAUUCCAUGCCCUUGUUAGAGAAGAAAGGCAGUAGACAGGAAAAUAGGAGCCUGAUUUCCUAAAUAAAUGUUAGCUAAAUAGUAUAGAAAUACUACAAUCCUGAAAUGUUAUACUAUUUAGAAAAUACUAAAUUUGAAAACAUCAAACUUAUUUGCUUUAAUCACAUGGAGAAAAGAAUCAGCAAAUUAUACUGAGUCUUUCGUUGUCAGGCCGGUUGACUAUUGUUAGCUGUCGUAAGUAACACAGCCAUUCGGAAGCUUUUUCUGGACAAAACAGCAUUAUACCUAUGCAGAAAACUGUAUAACCUUUCAAGCUGUCAUCCUGAUUUGGAAAUGUGUGUGAAUUUGGUAUAUUCAAUUGAAGUUUUCUUUCUUACAGUCGAGUUUUUUUUAAUCAAUCAAAUGUAGACAUUUCUGCAGAAAACAAUAUGUCUAAUUAGAAAACUGUACUCUAGCCAAAAAGGCAUAUAUUAUGAAUUUUGUUUGAAUUGUUCAUACUCAAAACUACUAUGAUAUCUUAUAAAAAUAUAAUAUUCUAAAAAAAUUGGAGAAUAAAAGUAUUAAAUGAAUAAAAGUUUAAUUAAAACUUUGAUCCUAAAAUGCUAUUAAUCUGUGUUACAGUUUUCCCUCCCUUACAAAUAGUUUCUCAAAAUCAAUCUGUUCCCCCAAGAUACCCACUUUCUUCUACAGAAUUUAGAAUGUAAAAUUAAACAUAUUCAGCAAUAAUCCAGCUAUGAAUGCUAUUUCAGAGGUUUUAUAUUUUUUGAAUUGGAUUUUCAAAAAAUAUACAAUGCGAAUAUUAAAGUCAGUGGUUAGCAAUUUUUGUUGAUAGAUAAUGUGGUUUAAGCAUGCAAAAGGCUUGCUGGAAUAUUAAAUUUAUCUUGUCAUUAAGAAAUAGAAUCAAAUUCUGUAACUUUUCAAAUAUCCCCAAAGUCCCAGACUCCCAGAGAUUCCCAGUGGAUUUUGGAAUCAGGGUUCAAGUCUAAGACAACCUAUAUGAAUAAGUUCUAUGGAGAAGGAUGAAGUAGCAUUCAGCACAAUGUAACUGUAGAUUAUUUCUUUCACUUGUGCUUCCAUCUUUGUUCAUUUCAACCAUGGCAUUUCAUUAGGAUGUCUAAAGCAAUCACCAAAAAUAAAGGUGAACUACAUCUUCCAAGAUUUGCUAACAGAAAACAUUCAUCUAAUUUUCAACAUUGAAUUUUAAGGAAUUAAAUCUUGUCUUAAUGAAGACUCUAGGGCUAAAAUUCAUGGUCAGUUCCAUAAAGCGCAUCUCACUUUACUUCUGAAUUUUUCAUACCCCUUCUAUUUUUCUUACACUAAAGAACAUUUGGAUAAGUUAGAACAGUGCCAACUUGCUUGAUUUGUUAACUGACUUUCUUGUUAAUACUUUAAGUAUGAGAAAAAGGGCUUUCUGUGUGUCUUGACUAACAGAAAAACUGAAAACUGCCAAUGGAAGGAACAUUAAAAUAUUUGAGAUAGAUUGAAUACAUUAGAAAAAAUGAUUUUUGGAAAAUUGUUAUAAAUGAUUUUAUGUUUAUAUCUUCUUUGUUAUUAAGAUAUGAGUCCAAUCCACAUAGCAUUUAAAACAAAUUUAUUUUAAUUAUAUUCUUUAUAAGACAUAAUUUUUACUUAAAGUUGUGGAAUAUGCAUGUGAAUUACACAUGUAUAAAACUCAACUAUUGAAUUUUUCUUGUUUCAUUUCUAAAUGACUGAACUGAUGGUAAACUUAAAUUUAAUGAAGUCAGCUACCAUACUGAAAACAAGGAUAUGAGAACUGAUUUCAUACAAUAGAGGUGAUCUGUGCAUUAUCCAUAACAGCGUUUUCUUUCACUAUAGGACCACAGACAAAUAUUUAUGUAAAUAGAUAUUUUUGUGUGAUAUUUUGUGGUACAUAUAACUUUUUUUAGUGUUUCACAGCAUUAUUAUUUCAUUUUAUUUGUAUUGAAUAAUGUUUUUAGGUCCAAGUAGACUUGAAUUAAUGUCAUAAUUGUCAGUAUUAUUGAAAAUUAUGUCAACUGUACUGUUAUUCAUCUGUCCCAUAGUUUAGAACAUGACCUGGCUAUCUGGCAUUGUUGCAAGUGCCUUAAAUUCAUGGCAUCCUAUUAAAAAAAACAAAUUUGGUGUUAUGCUGCAUGACAAAGACAAACACACCUCAAAAUGUUGUCCUUUCUUAGCUUGCUGCGUUUUACAGUUCUUUCUGCUAACAAUUUAUAAGCCUUUAUUAUAUAAUAUUGAUGAAUUACAGAAAUGAUGAAGUUGUUCUCUUAUUUCUGUUAAAUGUACCAGAGCUGUGUAUCUGUUAAUGAGAUACAGCGUCAUUUCUGUGAAAUGUAUAAAUGUACGUGCAGGUCAAAUUAAUAUAUGACAUACUAUCAGUCUGUAUACAGGUAUUCCUGUUUUGCUAAGCUGUGCAGAUUCUGUAAAAAUAAAUUAGUGCAGUCAAGUUCUAAUGUGUCUCAUUUUAUAGACUUCAUUAACAAUGGUCCAACCCAAAAGAAAAAUUGGAAAUGACUGCUAACCACACCUCGUUAAGAAACCAAUGAUGAAAAAGUACCUUGGUGCACCACUCAACAAAACAGGAUGCUUUCUCCGAGUUCUUGUAUAUGCAAAUCACUUAUGAGGCAAAUUUUCAACAGACCUAGAAAGCAAAAUAUUGAAAGUGUGUUGUUAGCCCUCCUCUUUAUCUGCCCCUACAUCAACAGACAGAGCUCUGGGACCUUGACAAUGACUCAGAGGUUGGGGCUUUCUGAGUAAAGGGACAUUUCUUUAAGCAUCAUCUAUCAAAUUUGUUUCAAAGUAUGAUGUUUUUACAACUGGUCAGUUCUUUUGUAUUCUUACAGCUAUGGUUAUUUGAUUGUCCUCUUACAAUUUGUUCUACAUGAAAGAGUCCUUUGUUAGUCUGAAUGCAACAAACUGUCAUCAAAUGGUCAUUGACCACUUGCACUCUUUUGAUGUAGAUUAAAAACUUUUUCAUAAACUUAACCUGCUUUGAUUUGCUCUGUAUUUUUCCUGCAGCUGUAAUUGCCGAGUGCCUGUUGUAUACUUUAUAGAGUUGAAAUAAAAAAUAAUUACUUUUGAA